UUCAUCAAACUAAAGUAGGCUGACUCUGUUAAUCUCGACUCAACCUACCAAAUGCACACAUACUGCAUUUAUAUGUGCACAGGCAGUUACCAAUUCUCAAACAGAGAGCACAAAUGGCUUCCUACUCCUACUUAACCCUUCUCUUCAUUUCUUACAUCUUCUUUUCUCCUUCACUUGCACAGACCAAACUACCGCUAAAAGCUGUGAAUUUAGGGAACUGGCUUGUGACUGAGGGUUGGAUGAAACCUUCUCGCUUUAAUGAUAUACCACAAAAUAAUCUUUUGGAUGGAACCCAAGUGCAGUUCAAGUCCACAAAGCUUCAGAAGUACAUUUGCGCAGAAAAUGGGGGAGGUACCAUUGUUGUUGCCAAUCGCUCCUCUGCCUCUGACUGGGAAACUUUCAGGUUGUGGAGGAUCAACGAAACACAUUUCAAUUUCAGAGUGUCUUCCAAGCAAUUUGUUGGAUUGAAAGAUUAUACAAACAGAAUUGUAGCAGGUUCAGAUACUGCUGGCUUCCCUCAAACUUUUCAGAUUGUUUUUUCAACAGAGAGGAAUGAAAACAACAAAAAUUCUAAAGUUAAAAUCAAAGCAUCUAAUGGGCAAUUCAUCCAGGUACAAUCAGAUACAUUGCUUACUGCCGACUAUAGUGGCUCUGGAUGGGAAGAUAGUAAUCCCUCUGUCUUUAUCAUGACAAUUGUCAGAACCUUGCAAGGAGAGUACCAAAUCACAAAUGGUUACGGCCCGGACAAAGCCCCUCAAGUCAUGCGGGACCAUUGGAACACAUACAUCACAGAGCAGGAUUUCCAGUUCAUGUCAUCAAAUGGUCUGAAUGCAGUGAGGAUUCCAGUUGGGUGGUGGAUAGCCAAAGAUCCAAACCCACCAAAGCCUUUUGUUGGCGGCUCCCUGCAAGCCUUGGACAAUGCCUUCAAAUGGGCAGGGAAAUAUGGAAUGAAGAUAAUUGUGGAUCUGCAUGCAGUACAAGGUUCACAAAAUGGAAAUGAUCACAGUAGUACCAGAGAUGGAUUCCAAGAAUGGGGAGAUCCCAACAUAAAAGAGACCGUGGAUGUUAUCGACUUUCUUGCCAAAAGAUAUGCAAAUGAUCCAAGUCUUAUAGCAAUCGAGUUGAUGAACGAGCCUCUUGCACCCGGUGUGACCCUGGAAAACCUGAAGAAAUUUUACGGAGCAGGUUAUGAUGCUGUUAGGAAGUACACAUCAAGUGCUUAUGUGAUACUAUCAAACCGUUUAGGACCAGCAGAUCCAAGGGAGCUCAUCUCAUUUGCCUCCGGUCUCAGCAAUGUCGUUAUCGAUGUGCAUUACUAUAAUCUCUUCUCAGAUGAGUUUAGUGCCAAGAAUGUACAACAGAACAUCGAUUACAUCUACAAUACGCGAUCUUCGGAUCUUGCAAAGGUGACCACAAGUAAUGGCCCUCUCAGUUUUGUUGGAGAAUGGACUGGAGAAUUUGCAAAUAAUGGGGCUUCCAAGCAAGAUUACCAGAGAUUUGCCAAAGCUCAACUGGAUGUCUAUGGCCGCGCCACUUUUGGGUGGGCAUAUUGGGCUUCUAAAUGUGAACAAAACCAUUGGAGCCUCAAGUGGAUGAUUGAGAAUAACUAUAUAAAGCUCUAGAGUUCAUAUUAAAGCCAAGAAUCAUAUAUGCCUUUCAAGUUUACUCUCUCUUGCCUUGGCCAUAAAUAAAUAAAGCAAGUCCUGAGGACUCUUGCUGUGUAGGCAGGGCCAAAACAGAAGUAUAUUUCUUAAUAUAUGAUAAAUACAGAAACAUACUAUA